UCAACCUCCAUCAACCUACCUCCCCUCCCCAAACACAAUCGCAUACAGAACUACAAUCACACACGCACUCUCAGCGCAAUCCAUCAAUCUCCCAAAAUGCCAACCUUAGAAACAGCCCAAUCAUGGCUCCAACAAUCCACGCUCCUCCUUCAAGCACGUCCUUCAACCGUACGUCAACCCCCCUUCCACUUCCCCUCCCUCUCCCUCCCCCAAACCAAAACCCCAACUAAACCCCUCAGACAAGAAUAACAACAAAAUACACCCUCCCCCGCCACGCAAACCCCCUCUCCAAAUCCUCCACUCACCCUAAACCCCCAAAAACCACACCUUCCACCCCUCCCACUACGGCAACAGCACCCGCAACAACAGCAACCGCAACACUAACCCUCAAAACCUACGACCCCGUCUCAGGGACGACCCUCAAGUACCGGACGAAUAAAGCAGCGGAGGUGGGGCGGUUGAUUCAGAUCCUGGGACGGCUGGCGAGACCGAUGAUGGUUGGGUUGGGGGAGGUGAAGGAGGAUGUGAAGGAGGAGGUGAAGGAGGAUGAGGGGGGUGAGACGGGUGGGGGUGUGGGUGUGGGUGUGGGUGGGAAGGAGAAGGGGAAUGCGAAUGCGGGGACUGGGACUGGGACUGGGGGUGUGGGAAAGAAAGGGAAGAAGAAGGGGAAGAAGUGA